CUGUCUGUCUGUCUGUCUGUAUGUCUGUGACAGUCACAAUGUUUAAGCUAUAUUUUAUAGCUUAAACCUCAACAUUUCCUUACAUUCAGCAUUCACAGUACAUUUAAUUAAUUUCAAUAAUCUCCAACAACACAAAUGUAAUUACAUAUUUGUAAAAGGGUAAAUGUAAAACCUAAAUAAUGUCACAUGGUCAAAUUAUGUGAGUUUAUUUAAAAUUUUCUAGGUUGGUCGGUGUGUACCUUUUUUUUCUCCAAAAUAACUGUUGUCGUUUUGUUUGUUUUUUUAUCAUUUAGUGAGGGAUAAUGGAAUAUGCCACAAUCAUUGUCAAAUGGGCACAUUCUUCACUGCCGCACGUCAACAUGGUCACAGACCAUGUCCAUAAGUGGUACACAAGUCAUUGGGUCUACCAUGAGAAAGCAGAGCUGACACUGAUUUGCGUUCAGAUAGCCCCCAACCAUGUUGUAGAAUACACUAAAAAGCUUCUGGCGGUAAUAAGUAAUCUGUGGUCAGAUUCCCCUCUAUUUGCUAUGGAAAUGUCCUUGUUUGAGGAAUUGCUGAAAAUGAAAAACCCAACACGUGCCCACAAAUACAGCAUUAUGCAUACGGGCGUUCGACCCGGACAAAAUUUCCGUGACCAUAUUACAGACACAAAGGCAGUAAUUAGAAGAUUUGAUUGGACAUUGAAGUCUUUUGGUGCUGACAAUGAGACGAUUAUGAAGCUGACGUGCCCCCAUGUAAGUCACAAGCUACAGCUACUUAUAUUAUUUUAUCAUUUAUGUAAUACAAUUAAUUUAAUGUUCCUUUCAACUUUCUGUGUACCACAGAAACCACACAGUGUGACGGUGAUGCUUCCUGGGUCUCAGAUGAUAAUAAUGAAAUGCCAGGAAUCACAGAGAAUAUGUGACCUGAUGAAGACGUAUGACAUUGUGUGCUCCAGCGUCUGCGAUUCUAAAACGGCCUUGUCAGGGAGGGCUCCCUGUAUGGCCCUGGUUAACCACGAGAUGGAAAUAGUAUAUAUAGACAAGACCCCUUAUGAUGAUAAAUAUGACGAAAAACCUAAGAUACCAAAAUUCCACAACAACAUGGUUCCGAUCAAAAUGAGAACUAAACGAAGCCUACUGAGAUACAAUCCUUACCACGUGCCUGCUAGGAGGGAAACCUCAGACUCUCCAGAUGAUGAUAUAGAAGUUAUCGUUUAUUGUGAGAGUAUCAAGUCCAGCGUGAAUGCUGCCAUACAAGAGGAUGGGCGUUUCUUCCCAAAUGCUCAGUACAGGGGUCCAAAUGGAAUAUUUUCAGAGCCACUUGUUCAAGAGCUGCAAGGAGACAAUCACGAGAUCGCUGCAGCUUCGCCGCAUGAACCAAUGACAGAUGAAUCAGAUCACAUUGAACCUUAUGCCUGCUGCAUUUGUUACAAACCAUCGGAUGCCUUCCUUCAGUGUGGACAUCUUUACUGCAAUGACUGUGUUUCAUAUCUGUUGGCUAUGAGUAACAGUUAUGUAGAAAUUACGUGUAGUAUGUGCAAACAGCAAUCCCCUCCGGCCACAGAAAUCGAAUGGCCCUCGAACUUCUCCUUUAAAUGCAAUGCAUGUAAUAAGAAGAAGCUUUGGGUCACAAAUUGCUUGCAUCUAACCUGUACAUGUUAUGGUAACGGGAGAUGUUCUGUUUGCAAUGAAGCGAUCGCUAAGCUUCAAAAAGUGUUCGACUGAUAAAUUGUCAUGCUGAUAAGAUAAGAAUUGCAUUAUUUCACUAGUGCACUAAAAAAAUACAAAUAAAUACAUGUACCCUUGAACAUUCUUUGCUCAGUUGUAUGUAUUCAUAAUACACCUAAAUGUUAUACAAUCUGAUUAGUGUGUAGCGAAAUGUUUGAAAAGUUCUCUGGGUAGACCUGCAUUUCUUUUAAAUUGAACUACCUGGGAUUCUUUUGCGCCAUGUUGCACCGCCAUCUUGUGGUAAGAAAAGUGUAUUACAUGUGUUCGUUUAAAUUAUGUGUCAGUUGGUCUUUUUUUGGUCUUUAUCAAGAAUGAUCAAAAACUUUACUACAAAAACAUAACUAAACACAAUUAAAAUACAUUAGGUCAAUAUAUAAUUUGAACCAAUGCUUUGAUUG